CGCGGCGGCGGCGGCGGGUUGUGCACGCUGUGGGCGUGGAGCCACUGAAAUAUGGUGCUGGAGAGGCAUGGAAGAAGAUGAGUCAGCACCUCAGGGAGUUGGCAACCCAGGGCCCGCAGCCCGCCACUCGCCGUGCGGGAGCCGCAGGGAAAUGACUUUCCAUCGCCCCGGUACCGGGAUGCCCACGGGAUCCAGGGACUGAGCGGGACCUGGAGGGGCAAUGGGGUGUGCUGGGCACGGGGCCUCACGCCAGCCCCGGGAGGUGCCGUCUCCGGCUGAGAAGCUGCUGCUCUGAGACCCCGACAGCUCUUCCCCACGGCUCCCAGGGCCCCACGCCAGCGUGAGCUCCCGCCUGCGACCGCAGCACCAGGGACCUGCUCCCGGCCCCCAGGUACGUCGCUCCCACCGAGCAGCCCAGAGAGCCCAGCGCGAGCGCCGCGGGAGGAGCUGGGCUCAAUAAAAGAGCUCUGUUUGAUGUCUGAAUGCACAGGGGACUCCCCCUCCUCCUCCUCCUCCUCCUCCUCCAACUCCCACCCCUUUUAUUUCUGCUCCCUCGCCCUCUCUCCCUUUCCUCCUCCCCUUCCUUUCUCUCUCCCCGCUCCCGCUCUGGCUCACACACACCCUUUGCAGACCGAGCGCUCGGUUGCCAGUGGCUAAUGGCACCGGAGUGAAGGCGAGCGCUGCUGCCGGGCGGGCCGGCCUCCCGCCGCCGAUGCGUCCCCGCUCCUAGCGCCGAGAGGAGGGGUCGGGAGGGACGGCCGAGGAGGGGAGAGCCCGGGGGGGCCUAAACCGGGAAGAGGAGGAGGAGGAUCGCGGUUGUGCGGAAGAAGGAACGGACCCGCGAGCAGCUUCACGGCUACCUGUCGACACAUGCUGUGCUCCAUGGCUAACUCGGGCUGCCUCCUUGUCUCCAACUCAGGCAUGCUUCCUCACUCUCUCCCCUGUCCUCCAGCCUUCCUCUACCUCCAACAGGGUAACCAGGACGCCACGGCUCCGCCGGACGCGAUGGCUCAACCCUACCCCCCGGCCCAGUACCCCCCACCCCCCCAGAACGGGAUCCCCGCAGAGUACGCGCCGCCGCACCCCCACCCCACGCAGGACUACUCGGGGCAAAGCACAGUACCGGAGCACGCCAUGACCCUCUACACACCAGCACAGAGCCACGCCGAGCAGCCGGGCACCGACGCCAGCACACAGUCCAUAGCAGGGACACAGACGGUACCGCAGACAGACGAGGCGGCACAGACAGAGAGCCAGCAGCUACACUCCUCAGACAACACAGACAAGCAGCAGCCCAAGAGGUUACACGUCUCCAACAUCCCCUUCCGAUUCCGGGACCCCGACCUGCGGCAAAUGUUCGGGCAAUUCGGGAAGAUCCUGGAUGUGGAGAUCAUUUUCAAUGAGCGGGGCUCCAAGGGUUUUGGGUUUGUAACUUUUGAAACUAGCACAGAUGCCGACCGGGCACGGGAGAAGCUGAAUGGCACCAUCGUAGAGGGCCGGAAGAUUGAGGUGAACAACGCCACGGCCCGCGUCAUGACGAACAAGAAGGCUGCCAACCCUUACUCCAACGGCUGGAAGCUGAACCCGGUGGUGGGCGCAGUCUACGGCCCCGAGUUCUACGCAGUAACGGGGUUCCCGUACCCCGCCACGGGCACAGCGGUGGCGUACCGAGGGGCACACUUACGGGGACGAGGACGUGCUGUCUACAACACCUUCCGGGCCGCGCCGCCGCCACCACCCAUCCCCACCUACGGCGCGGUCGUCUACCAGGACGGGUUCUACGGAGCCGAGAUCUAUGGGGGCUAUGCCGCCUACAGAUACGCCCAGCCAGCAGCAGCAGCGGCAGCGUACAGCGACAGUUACGGCAGAGUGUAUGCCGCGGCAGACCCCUACCACCACACCAUCGGCCCCGCCGCCACGUACAGCAUCGGCACCAUGUGAAACCGCGGCCGU